ACUAGUCUGCCAUUUUGGGUUGUGAAGGGGGCCUACCCCUUCUUUUCUGUAUGCGACCACGUGAGAGAGGAGAGCCCGAAAACAGAGCAAUCGAGCUGAGAGUGACUCGGAGUGAACAAGGAGGAGAGAGAAUCCAGCGACACAUUUAGCUAAAUCACUCUUUGUUUCCAUGUGCUGAAUACGAGGGGAAUUGAAAUUGCAUCCGCAACAAUGCCGACAAUAACCCUGCCGCCGAAAGAGAACGCACUCUUCAAAAGAAUUUUGCGAUGUUACGAACACAAGCAGUACAGAAACGGACUCAAGUUCUGCAAACAGAUCCUGUCCAACCCCAAGUUCACAGAACAUGGAGAGACCCUGGCGAUGAAGGGUUUAACCUUGAACUGUCUGGGGAAGAAGGAGGAGGCUUACGACCUGGUCAGACGAGGCCUCCGCAACGACCUCAAGAGUCAUGUCUGCUGGCAUGUGUACGGUCUGCUGCAGCGCUCUGAUAAGAAGUACGACGAGGCCAUCAAGUGUUACAGGAACGCCCUGAAGUGGGACAAAGAAAACCUGCAGAUCCUACGAGACCUGUCACUACUACAGAUCCAGAUGAGAGACCUGGAGGGCUACAGGGAGACGAGGUACCAGCUGCUGCAGCUGCGGCCGGGCCAGAGGGCCUCGUGGAUCGGCUACGCCAUCGCCUAUCACCUCCUAGAGGACUACGAGAUGGCCGCCAAGAUAGUGGAGGAGUUCAGGAAAACACAACAGACGUCUCCAGACAAGGUGGACUAUGAGUACAGUGAGCUCCUGUUGUACCAGAACCAGGUGCUGAGGGAGGCUGGUUUCUACAGGGAAGCUCUGGACCACCUCACCACCUACGAGAAACAAAUCUGUGACAAACUGGCUGUCGAGGAGACACGAGGAGAGUUGUUUUUGAAACUGGAUCGUCUGGAUGACGCUACAGAGGUCUACCGCCGUCUACAGGAGAGAAACCCUGAGAACUGGUCCUACUACCACGGCCUGGAGAAGGCCCUGAAGCCUGGCUGUGUAGAGGAUCGGCAGAAGAUCUAUGAGGACGCCUGGGUGAAGUAUCCUAAAGGACUGGUGCCCAGACGACUACCCCUCACCUUCCUCUCUGGGGAGAAGUUCAGGGAGUGUCUGGACAGGUAUCUGAGGAUGAACUUCAGUAAAGGCUGUCCGCCCACCUUCACCACUGUCAAGUCACUCUACCAUGACAAAGUAAAGGUAUCAAUAAUUGAGGAGUUAGUAGUUGGAUAUGAAACAUCGUUAAAUAGCUGCAGAAUGUUCAAUCAGAAUGAUGAUGGUAAGGAGGAGCCUCCCACCACAUUGCUAUGGGUACAGUACUUCCUGGCGCAGCACUACAAUAUGAUUGGCCAGCAGACACUGGCUCUGGAGUACAUCAACACUGCCAUCGAGAGCACGCCCACUCUCAUAGAACUAUUCCUUAUCAAGGCCAAGAUAUACAAGCAUGCAGGGAACAUAAAGGAGGCAGCCCAGUGGAUGGAUGAGGCCCAGGCUCUAGACACGGCUGACCGAUUCAUCAACUCUAAAUGUGCCAAGUACAUGCUGAAGGCCGGCCUGGUCAAAGAGGCUGAGGAGAUGUGCUCCAAGUUCACACGGGAGGGUGCGUCUGCGGUAGAGAACCUGAAUGAGAUGCAGUGUAUGUGGUUCCAGACUGAGUGUGCUCUGGCCUACAAGUCCAUGAACAAAUACGGAGACGCGCUCAAGAAGUGCCACGAGAUCGAGAGGCAUUUUGUGGAGAUCACAGACGACCAGUUUGACUUCCACACAUACUGUAUGAGGAAGAUGACGCUGUGUUCCUACGUGGACCUGCUGAAGCUGGAGGAUGUUCUCCGGAUGCAUCCCUUCUACAGCAAGGCUGCCCACACUGCUAUCACUAUAUACCUCAGUCUACACGACAACCCCCUGACUGACGACAGCCAGGGACUACAGGCUGAAUCAGCCAACCUGUCAGACAAGGAUCUGAAGAAGUUGAAGAACAAGCAGAGGAGAGCUCAGAAGAAAGCCCAGCUAGAGGAGGAGAAGAAGAAUGCAGAGAAGGAGAAACAACUGAAGAACCAGAAGAAGAAGAAAGAGGAGGAUGAUGAGGAGAUGGGAGGACCUAAGGAGGAGCUGGUACCAGAGCAACUGGCCAAGGUAGAAAACCCACUGGAGGAGGCAGUCAAGUUCCUGACCCCACUAAAGAACCUUGUUAAAGACAGGAUCGAUACACAUCUACUGGCCUUCGAGAUUUACUUCAGGAAAGCCAAGUACCUGUUGAUGCUUCAGUCAGUGAAGAGAGCGUUGUCCAUAGAUCCACACCAUCCCUGGCUGCACCAGUGUUUAGUACGCUUCUUCAAGGGAGUCUCUGAGUCUAAUGACCUAGCGGAGGCAGUGCGUACGGUACUGAAGCAGGAGAUCACUAGGCUGUUUGGAGACAGCAACGCUAGCACCUAUAACCAGGUCUUCCUCUUCAAGCACUCUGACUCCGUACCACACAGAGUGGCAGCGGCCAAAAUGAUGGUGUGUCUGGACUCUUCUACAGAAACCAAAGCUGUGGAGCUGGCCACGUCACUAGACGAGUCACUCAGCAACAGGAGUAUCACGAUCUGCACAGAGGUGCUAGAGGCGCUACGGAAUGGCGGAUUGGGCGAGUCAAAAGAGCGGGCGGAGUCUUACCGCGCGGAGUGUCACAGGCUCUUCCCAUACACGCUAGCCUUCAUGCCCGCGGGCUACGAGGAGAACACCAAGAUCGCCAAUGGCGACGUCUCCACAGAGACCGAGGAGCUGGCCAAUGACAUGUGAGCUGCCUUGCGGUUGGUGGAGAAACAGAAGGUGCCAAGCACCGAGCCUCGGGGGACACCAAGUCGACCGGACGCCAUUUUGUAGCCACUGUUGAAAUGUUGAAGUAGUGGAAGAGGGUUUGUUUCUCCUUUGCUUGGGCUUUGGCUCGGUUCGGUUCGUCUCUCUCUGUCUCCGAUGUGGCGAACUAGGACUGUGUGUGGAGGAGGAGGAGGAGGAGGAAGAGGAGGGGAAUAAAAGAGGAAGAGGAUGAAAUUGCCAUUUUAUUUUUUUAUCUUGCUGACUGACUGCUCUCUAACUCUUAACUGAAAAUACAGCAUCAACAAACACUAUCAUCAACUGUUAUCAAAGAGUUUUGUAAAAAAAGAAAAAGACCGACAGACUGAUGAGACAAGACUGUUUAUGUAAUGAACAACAACAGUUGGUAUUUUUUCUGAGAGGAGAUGGAGAACUGUGUUCCUGACAGAUGAGACUAUGACAAACAACAUAGGGACUGUCCCAAAUUGCACCCUAUUCCCUAUGUAGACUAUUUCAGUGCACUGCGAAGGGAAAUAGAGUGCCAUUUGAGACGCAGUGCUUGGUCUGUUUCUGUGAGAGGAGAGAGAGAGAGAGAGAGAGUGUUUCCAGGCUGCUGUGAUGAAGUUCUGACUGACUGGUACACCCUGGAUCCACUGAUCUCCCAUCAGGUUUAAAAAAAAAAAAAAACUCAUUUAGAAGAACAAUUACACAAAUGUAUUAAAGAUAAGGUAUGAGGGGCUGUGGGAUCGGCUGGAUGACUGGGUACAGUAGCUCUAUGUCUGUCCUAAAUGGGACCCUGUUCCCUAUAUAGUGCUCUAGGGCCCAUAGGGUUCUGGUCAGAAGUAGUGCACUACAUAGGGAAUAGGGUACAAUUUGGGACGCCGCCUAUGGAUACACUUGGGUGCUUUCCUUUAGCCACAGAUUUGGGGUCAGAUCAUGUUUUAUAUAACGUUACUGGUUAAAAGUUUGAACGUCUGGCCUGGUAAGCUGAUCUGGGACCUGUGCUUAGAGGGGCAGCUUGGACCCAAACAGGACCGUUACUGUUACUGGCAAACUUGUGUUAAGUGUGUGACAGAGCAACCUGGGCGAAAACUGUAAUGCUUGUCUAGUAUUUGCCCCCCCCAACUGUUAUUUGACCCCCAGUCCCUGACCCCUAGGCACUCAAAGGUGUUGAUGGGAAUAAACUAAUGGUACUAAUUCCAGCAGGUUUAUGAGAUGGUAAGAUGGAACUACUACCAUAUUGCUUUUACCUAUCCAAUCCUUUCAGAUCUACAUGAAGUGCCUAGGGGCUAGGGACAGUUGGUAGAGCAUGGCGUUUGCGACGCCAGGGUUGUGGGUUCGUUUCCCACGGGGGGGGCAGUAUGAAAAUGUAUGUACUCACUAACUGUAAGUCGCUCUAGAUAAGAGCGUCUGCUAAAUGACUAAAAUGUUAAAUGGAGGCUCAUUUGGAAUUGGUCAAUACUCCCUUAAAGGUCAGAUGAAGACUGUUGCCCACGGUGACAUGAGGUCAAAAGGUUACCAGGAGUGCAGUAUGAGUGACAGAUGUUUUCAGUUUGUUUUUCUUUAUUUUUCCUUCUUUACUCCUAUUUUUCUUCUUCUCUUAUUUGGGUUCUAAUGUGAAAGCUGAGAUGAGCUGUAUGAUAUCUCAGGAGGUUUUUAUUUUUUAAAAAACUAACAAAAUAAACUUUUUGUUAUCGGUG